GUAAACUUCAGGUCGAUUGUAGUUUGAUAUGUGGCUAAGAGGGGAGUUGUCGGUUUCAGUAUUGUGAGAAGUGUACGUUUAAUAAACAUUGGUUCUUAUUAUGAACUUUCGGUGAAUCGUUGAGUUUAUCUGUCGUUAUAUUGUAAAUUGUCACGACUUCGGGAUUUCGGAGAAAUUAAUACUGGACGGAAAAAAUGUACUGUUCUAUGGAAAAGAGUCAAUCAGCUGGGGGCGGUGACAGUUCGAGUCAAACAAAAAACGUCAGAGAAGGUGUAACAAUGCGGGAGAAAAAAGGAGGUGCCCUUCAAAAACUAAAAAAAAGACUAUCACACAGCUUCGGCCGUUUGACUAUUUCACGCGAAGACGAUGAUGAAACCCAUCCCCACAGAAUAGGACAUAAACACUGUUCCAGCAAAGUACCGUACAAUGGAUACAAUUCUGACGAAUAUCUGGACAGGCUCGAACCAAAUGGGAAUAUUCCUGUCGAUAAAUCAAGCAUGAGAUACGAUUGGAGAAGUGGAGGAAAUGAUCAUGAACGGGUUAAAAGACAACUUUCUGUUUCUUCAGAUAGUAAAUUACUUGACGAAGAUAUCCGAGAGGAGACGAGGGUGAUACUUAGACCCAAGAAGCCUCCUAGGCCUAAAUCCGAAGUUUUCUUAAAUAAACAAGAAUUACACCCUAAAAGGAAAAGGUUCAGCGCAUUUGGGGGUGAUUCGCCUUUCGGCAAAUCUGAAGCGUAUAUAAAACUUGAACAACUUGGUGAGGGAUCAUAUGCCACGGUUUAUAAGGGUUAUAGCAAUUUGACUCAUCAAGUUGUGGCUUUGAAAGAAAUCCGACUGCAGGAAGAAGAGGGUGCACCGUUCACUGCAAUUCGCGAAGCAUCGUUAUUAAAAGAACUUAAGCAUUCAAACAUCGUGACUUUGCAUGACAUUGUACAUACCCGCGAAACAUUGACAUUUGUAUUCGAAUAUGUUAAUACCGAUUUAUCCCAAUAUAUGGAGAAGCAUGCUGGUGGUUUGGAUCAUCGCAAUGUUCGUUUAUUUUUAUUUCAACUUCUUCGUGGAUUAUCAUAUUGCCAUAAACGCAGAGUGCUACACCGUGAUGUAAAACCCCAAAAUUUAUUAAUUAGCGAACUAGGAGAACUCAAACUUGCAGAUUUUGGACUCGCUAGAGCUAAAAGUGUUCCAAGUCAUACAUAUUCACACGAAGUGGUUACCUUAUGGUACCGUCCUCCAGAUGUACUUUUAGGAAGCACGGAAUAUUCAACAUCCUUGGAUAUGUGGGGAGUAGGAUGCAUAUUUGUAGAAAUGGUAACAGGCAUGCCUACGUUUCCCGGCAUCAGAGACACAUACGACCAGCUGGAUAAAAUAUUCAAACUUCUCGGUACACCGACUGAGGAAACAUGGCCUAGUGUGACGCACCUUCCUGGAUACAGGCCACAUAAAUUGGGUUUUUACAGACCAAGGAAAUUAGGCCACAGUUUUCCGAAAUUGUACGAUAUAAUCGAAGGAGAAGCGAUUGCUACUGCGUUAUUACAAUUAAAUCCCGAAAACAGGAUAGGAGCGGAAGAAGCGAUUUUUCAUCCUUAUUUCGCACAACUGCCUAGAAAAUUAUACGAAUUGCCCGAUGAAUCAUCAAUAUUCAGCGUGGAGGGAGUAUAUUUGCAUCCAGAACCACUUCGUCAAAGCAAAUGAAAAUUAAAGUAUACCCGGUUAUCGGAUAACGUCCUACAGUUUUGCUAGUGAAUUAUCAAUAUCAAAAAACCUUGUUCGUGAACAGACUGUUUGUAAAUUGUAAUUAUGACAUGCAGAGAGUGUAGCCGUGAAAAAUCCUCUUUUUAAGGCGCAACUUUGUGCAAAAUAUCUAGCAAUAAUUUAGCCUUUCCAUACAUAGCUACUUCAUUGUAUGUAUUCUUUUAAAAUAAGUUUCCUACAUUAUAUAAAUAAAGAAGCUGACGAUCAUUUUAUUAAAAUGGAUGCUUCUAUCAAAAUAUGAGAAUUUUAUUAUAAUUUUACAAUUAAAUCGAUAUUCUAUAUCUUCAGUUGAUAGAUUUCUCAGAAGAAGGAAAACUAAUAUACCUGUUGUAAACACUUACUUAGUUUCAUACUGUUUAAAUAGGAACGUAGAUAUUUCUAAUGGUUAUUUAAUAAAAAGAGUUUUAAUAGUCAUCAACAUAGCAAAUGAAAGCCGGGGUAAAAUGAAUAUACCGUAAUUGCAUUUGCAAAUUUCUAGAAAAAGUGAUAUAUAUACCUGUGUUUAAUGCCACCAUCUCGUCAUUAACGGGAACAUUGAACAUAUUCAUAUGUACAUCGAAGCACUGAAAGCUUGAUUCCCAUUCUUAGUAAUGUUAAUUCUCUUUAGAAAUCCAUGUACUAAUACCGAUUCAAAAGGUUACCUGCAUUUUUUUCACCCAAGUAUAUAGAUAUUUUAAGAAAUUGUAUUAAAUCCAUGCAACCAUAUACAAAUUAUAACCGCAGGAUCUAAUAAACCCCAUGAUAUUAUU